AUUUUGUGAGAGUAGAAUGGAAAAUGGAAAUUCAUCUGGGAAGAUAACUUGUUUGCAAUCGCUAGGCAAAACUAUCAUGGCGGCGUAGAUCUUUUGCCGCUAACGAUACCCAAAGCAAAACUUCCAAGUUCUGUAAAUUGAGGACCAGUAUGCUUAGACUGCUUUUGUAGGCCCUCCUUUGAAUCAUGGAGAAAGGUCAGAACCCGUCCCGGGUUCCCAGAGAGUCUGUGCACGAGCAGGAUGAACGGCUAACGUCAAAACACAUCCAGACACUUGGAUUUCUACAAGAAAUUGUGAACGAAAACAAAGAAUUGAAGACCAGAGUAAUUGAACUUGAGGAAAGUUUAGAAGAAUGCAAAGAUUUGCAUGCCUUUGCGAAACAGAGCAAAGAGAAGAUAAAGGAUAUCCAGGAAUCCUACAUGGCGCGGGCUGAUGAAAUGAACAGCAUGCUGGCUGAAAAGCACAGAGUUGAGAUGAUGCAAGUGGAAAAUGAGAAGCUAGAAAUUGAAAGAGAGCUAAAAGAACAAAUUCUUAAGAUGCGCCAUGAUAUCGAUUCUUUGAAUGCAGCCAACAAAGACUUGCGUGACACUGCUGCUGAAGAUGAAAACAGCAGCGAGGCAAAAACCAAAUUGAAGGAAGUAAUGAAACAGAUGCAGACAUACAAACAAGAAAAUGAAGAGCUGAAAGAAGAGCUAGAAGGUAUCCGCUCUGAUCUGGAGAUCAUCCAGUCUAAGAGGAGCACUGACAUGACCCAGGUGAGGGAGCUCCGUGCUGAGAACAAGCAGCUGAGUGAGACUGUUCAGGAGGUGCAGCAGAAGAACAAUGAACUGGAAUUCCGACUCGAUAAAGCUCUCAGUGACCUCAGGGAAAAGGCAGAUGACCAGGAACAAACAAAUUUGAUUGAAAACCUGAGAGACAAAGUGAGACAGCUGACUUUGGACAGAGAGGCUGGUGUGGAAAGAGAAACACAAAUGGGCCAGGACUUGCUUGAUUUAUCAGCUCUCAAAGAUGAGUUGAAACACGCGAACGCCCACCUUCAGCGGGAACUGGAAAAACUUUUGACUGAAUAUGGACACUUGCUGGCUGAAUAUGAAAGACUUAGAAAACGAUCCAUGAAGGAGAAGGACAAUAAGACUUUCAAAGAUUUUGUUUCUCUCAAACGUGAACUCAGGUCAGUGAGACAUGAGAAUGAAACCCUGAAGCAUGGAGGCAAAAAUGAUGGAUUGACUGUUUUGAGAGAUGAUCCUCCACCCUUACCUGUAGAGCAGCCAAAAAAGAAAAAUGCUCUUGAUGGAAAACGAAUAGGUGCUAAAAAAAUGUUGGCUAUCACCUUGAACAGGCCGACUGCAACGUCAAACUCAUAAAGGAAAUAAUAGUGAUGAUGUUUUUCAGAGUGCAAGAUCUCUAAGUUUAGCCCUUUCUAUAAUCUUUUAGUUUCAUUACGUCUUUUAUGUCAAGUUCAAUUGUAAACUUUGCUGAGUGAAAUUCAUGAGAGUUGCAAACAUUGUGAUAAUACUUACUGAUUUCUUGUAGAAAACUUCUGUUAGUUAGAUUAAUUUUCUGCUUGGUGGGGUUCUGACCUUGAAAGUUGGUACUGAUGGUGAUGAUUCUGACAUUGAUAGCAAAGAUUUUUAUAACAAUGAGUCUGAUUGAUUUGGGGGUGUGGGGGGAUUUCAUCUGCCUAUUAGUAUGAGCACUACUGUUAUUGAAGGUGUACCUUUACCUUUGCGAAUCAUGACUGGACAAAAGGUGGUGAGGCAAUGUUUAUAUGAAGACUUUGAAAUAAAAAGGCAGAAGCUACUUCAGAAAGAGGGAGAGAAAGGGAGAGAGAGAGAGAGGGAGAGAGAGAGAGAGAGACUUGAUACAAAAAAAUGCACUGUCAUCAUUUCAGUUUUAUUGUUCUAUUUUUGGCCUCUGGUUUAUUUCUUAAUUUUUGCAUGGUUUGUAAUUUUUCUCACCAAUAGCACAAAUCUCUGUGAAGAAUUGCUAAGCACUUAAAAUCAUUGUAAGAUCAUUUUUCUUGCCUUCUUUCUCAAGGUGGUUUGGUAUUAAAUGCAUUUACUCAUUAACAGCUACAUUGAACGUAAUAAUAUUAUUAUGUAGACCUAUCACAAAUUUCCGCUUUAAUUUUACAGGCCCUGAAAGCUGAAUCAAGUGACCUUAUUUUCAUCUGAUCAUUUAAACUUAAACAUCUUUAUUGGUCAUAAUUAAGCCCUGAUUAUGUCUACUGUGAAACAUUUUUAUUUAGAGAUUUUUUUUGCAAACACCAAAAGUUGGGAUAGAACUAUAUAUCAGGACAUGACCGUGACUGAUUGCAAUGGCUGUGCUUUCUUAAAAUUUUGUGUUGAAGCACCACUAUUUCUGUGGUCAACACACCUUGCCCAAUUUUUCUUUUAAGGUUGUACCAUGCUAAUCUGAUGUUAUUUUGUACACAUGAAUCCUUAAACUGUCUUUCCUAACUUUUGGAGUUUUGAGGAAACUUGUUUAUAUGUUUCAUUGUUUUGUUCGUUUAGAGGGAUUUUGAAAAAUUGAUGUGAC